UCAACAAAACACGACUCAAAUUGACUCAAUCCGAAGCGCGCGCGCGACUCGUGAGCACGUCGCUCGGUGCUUCGCCCCCAAACAUAAACAAAACACAAACCCGAAACAAACGGAUUUUUAACUGAAACUGGACUUGUAAAGUUAACCGGCGGGACAGUGAUGUUAUUGUGACUUGUUUGUUCAGUGAAAUUCAGUGCAGGAUCGUCGAGGUUAACAAAAACAGGAGUUCUAAACUUUCCAACGAAUGCGAGCCAUGUGACUACGGCGGGAGCGGCGAGCAAGAUUUGUGAUGUGGCUGGUGGCCGCGGUGCUGCUGGCCGCGGCUGCAGACGCGCUGCGCUGCCAAGAGGCGCAGAUGCGCUGCGCCUACCGCGCCGGCUGCGGCGCCGCGCUGCAGAACUACGAGAUGAUGUGCAACGACGUGCUGGUGGAGACAGAUGCCAAGUGUACUGAGGCGUGCGAGUAUGCGCUGAUAGCGCUGACGUCGACUGUAGAGGGGAAGGAUCUGAUGAAUUGUCAAUGUGAGGAUCAGUACUGCGAGCAAGCGAGGAAGCGAAUCGACGUGUGCAGGCCCCAAGUUUUAAAAGGGGCUGCGAACGUUACAUCCUCUUGCCGACUAUCCCAGCUGGUGUGCAUGGCGGAUGCCCAAUGCGCCGCAGCGCUGGGCUACUACAAGCAGUUGUGCAAAUCCAUGUUCAAAGGUAGAAAGUGCUCGAAAAAAUGCCGGAACUCCAUAAAAAUAUUGAUGAAGCAGGAGAAAGCAGCACCGUUAACCACGUGUCAGUGCGACGGUUACGAGGACUAUGACUGCCCGAGGAUGCAGAAUAAUCUGGAUAGGUUGUGCUUUAGCAAGUCUCACCACGAACCACGAAAUCGAAAGAACCACGAAAGGGGGCACGUGCCGAAGCACCACAAAUACUUAGAAAAUGAAGUCGUCCCAGGGGCGGCACCAACCAUUGCCAUAUCGUGGUCUCUUUUCUUUUCGAGUGCUGUUCUUGCGUUUAGCAUAAGAUAGCAGGCUAUUCCAAUAUUUUAAAUUAUCAGUUAAGUCUUAUUGUUGAUUCAGUUCCAUUGCGAGGCUAUUCCAAGUGAACGACAAUAAGAGGUUAUCGUGUAACUUAAGUAUGUCAGUAGUAUAAAAUACAUUGUAAAUAUGUAAAUUUCAGUAUUCUGUAAGCGUAAACGUUUUAUCAUAGCCAUUUGUGAAAUUGCGAGUGUAAAAGUAAGUAGGUACGUUGUGUGGGGUUUUGUUUGUGAGUGUGUGAAAGUAAAUCGUUAGAGUAGAUUAAGUUGGAUUAAGUGAUUCUGUAGAGCAGACCGCUUCACAAAUCGUCAACCGUGAAGCAAUUCUGGCUUCGAACUGGUAAAAUAGUUUAUAGCUGUACCUGUAGCUAUAAAAAUUGUCGAAAAAUCUACUGGAUCAUUGUUUCGAGCGUAGGCUAAAUGUAUCUGGUGUGCCGCCCACGGCUGCGCGGGCGGCUAUAAAUACGGCCCGCUGCGCCGGUGGUCCGGUGACAAAUGCGGGCCGCAGCGAUUGAUCUAUCGUCUCCACCAUGCCAGCUUUGACGCGGUCUGCUGGCCCUCGUGGUUUAUGGGGUGGAGACGAGGCCUAAGAUUCGUAGACAUUGGUGAUGUAGAUCAUUAGCUUACGGACAAUUCUAGGGUAAUCGAUGAAGGCUGAAACAAUAACACCACGACGUUUAAUGUCUUUUUGAAAAUUGGUAUUUUGAUUACCAAAUACUCGUACAUAGAGCCUGCUAUAUAAUAUCUAUCUAUCAUAUAAUGUAUGGGAGUGUACCGAUGAAAUCAAUGAAAUAGAAGAACCAUCAUCAAACAAAAUAUCUCCUUGCAAAAGAUGAUUUCAUUAAAGACAAUGAGAUUAUUUCUAGACCUAAAUAUUUGUUUAAAUUCUUGUGAUUCAUUUCAUGGAAACCGACUUCAUGUUGCCAAAUACGCUUGUUUAGAAUUUGCUCAAUGUUUCGAUUUGGUUGUUUAUAAACGUGAAACGGUCUGCUCUGCACUAAAGUGGCUAUUGGAGGUACAAAGUACAAAAUAAUUUUAACCUAACCUAGUUUAGAGUAGCAUUUAUUUGUAAACUACUAAUCUAAAUAAAGUUUGCGAUGGAAAUAAUUAGAGGCAAUAAGGUAAAGCAGAUUAAACUGUGUGGCCAUUGCCAUACUAAAAAAAAAUUCUACGGAUUUGUGCUAGGUUUCUGCAAUUAGUAUUUUAAAACAACUGAAAAAUAGCGUAAAUAUGAACUUAAAGUCAUCAUGGCAUCAUGUCUUUUUCAGCAAAAUAUUUCUAAUUCUAGGUCGAAGUGAAAAUUUACUACAAAAUUGGUCAUUGCGAUGGCGCAAACUUUUUGAUCAUGCCCAAAUUUAUCAUUAUAUUAAAUUGCCUUAAUCAGUCAAUUGAUUCUAAACUAUUUUACUACUAACUAUUACCUCUAACUUGACACCUUUAUCUUGAGAGCCUUGAGAGACUUGUAUCACAAAGCCUAGGUUUUCCCCUCAAUUUUCAGUACCUCAAGGUACCAAUACCAACCGAUUGAGCAUUAUCCUGCCAAGUGUCGUGGUACAGGGAAGUAGAUGUCCUAAUGACAUAGUGGGUCGGUAGCUAAUUCCGUCGCGAAGCUAAUCGCGGAGUGGCGAGCGGGAGGCGACACGUUCAGUUCAGUGUUGCUGCAGCUGUGCAGUCGAUAGCGGGAAUAACGAUGAUCUUAAAUGAUUUUGAAUUUGACUUUGAUUAGGGGAUGAGGAUAUUGGGGUUUGACAGUUUUCAUCGACAUGCAUCGUCGUAACUUAAUAAAAUAUACAAGCAUUUUACGAUGUGACAGUUGCCAACUGACAUCGCGCCAUGGGUUUCCAGUCUCAUAGCCUCGAGCUGUUAAAUCUUAAAAACAUACUGUCAUACAACUUCAUCUUCCAUGUAAAUUAUACAUAACUCUUAUUUUCAUCUUCAUCAUCUGAUUAAGUGUUCUACAUAUCCAAUAUCGAUAGUUAAUUAAAUAUUAGUUGUCGAUCCUACACCUCACUAGACUCGGGUUGACUUUUUUCCGACAUCCGUUCAGAGCGUCGGCCGCGUUUCUGAAAUCGUUUGACUAACUUCAUUAAUUAAUAGCCGUUUGUAGCAUUUAUUUUGGCAUUUUAGAUGUAUUAGUGUGUAGUGACUUCUCGUGAGUCGGAUUCUUGCUGUACGUUUCACGAUUUAUCAGCAGUCGGGCCUUCUUUGACGCAAGUAGGUACCAAGAUUAAUAGUCGGUAAAUAUCCUUUAACAUUUUGCUUGAUUAUUAAUUAAUUUUAAUGAUCUUGUUCAAGAGGUUUUUCUUUGCAUUCUUAAGACGAAUACUUCUUAUUUUAUAAACGCGCUUAGUUUUAAUUUAUUGUUUGCCUGCCGCAGUUUCGCUCGGUUUAAACUUUUCAUCACCUUUCUUUUCUUUCUUUUUUUUUAAGUUUCUUAGCGGAUGCUUACCUCAUCCUAUCUGAGUGCUAACGCAAUGUAUUUCGUGGUUUGAGUUAUGUGUUGAUAGAUCGGCACUUCAGCAGUCAUGUAAAGAAAGUAUUUUCCAUCAAUGAAGUCAUGGAAUUUUAAAAGUAAAAUAACUACCAUUUUGACCAAGUGAGUUGUAACUUUUGCACUUUAAUUGAACGAGUAUGACUGGUCGCUCUCAAGAUUCCUGACAUGUUUUCCAGAACCUCUGUUUCUAUAUGUCAAUCACGGACUGAUUGCUUUUCGUAGAAUUGGUAAAAAGCGAGUUUUUGUGUAAAUAUUUUUUUUAUUUCCCUCAAUAUAAGCUCAAGGUACUAAACCGAAAAUGGAAAGACAUAAUUUGUAACCUAGAAGAAAAUUUUCUUUAUUUCAAAAUAUUUUUGGUAACUAUCGGCCUAACAUUAUUAAAUUAUUAUGACACGUUUCACGAACUCUACAUUGAUACAAUGUAUUAUUUACAAUCAAGUCAAGGUAUUUUCCAUCGUGCUAAGUUGCUUGUUCAGUACUCACGUAAUGAAGAAGUGUGGACCGGUUUCCACAAGGCCUGUGGUACUUGUUAUCUAAAGAAACCAGGGCAGAUCUGUAAUAUUGUGUAAUUACUAAUCACUCAUUAUCAAGUGCGCUAUAAACACAGUUACAACGGCUGAAAAUGUUAGCUUAAAAGUCUUAUCACGCCGCAUGCUGUGGUAUUCAGCAAUGAAUUUACUAUUUUUUUUAGAUAUGUCACCGUAAAAUUGUAGAUUUGGUCAGAUCUGACGUAAUUAGAUUAAAAUCUAACUUAACCUUUGUUAGUUUGCAAUCUCACGCGUUAUAUUAUAAACUGACCGAGUUCACAAUUCACGUUGACAGAUACAUUUGAGUUGUAUUUUAUGUAUGAAUUUGAUAUAGUUUAGUAAAGUUUAUCAAUAACUAUUCGACUUCUAGAAUCAGACGUGUAAGUUUCAGUCCAAUUAAUAAUGUACCUACUUGAUUUUAGGAGCUCUAUAUAAUUAAAAAUUCCGAGACUUUACUCGAGAAUUAAUGAGAAAAAAACCUUUUUUUCCAUAAAAAGAGUUAUUUCUUAGAACUGAAGAUCACAAGAUCUCAAUCGGUGACAGUGACUCAUGUGGCUCAUGGUGAUUGUACCCUUUUGCAUAAAACUGAUGGGCGCUUAUUACCAUGCAUCUCUAAACAAUGUUAGUAAUGUUAUGUCGCCGUAAAUGCAUUAUGCAUUGGACAUUGCGGAUUAUGCGUGGAAUAUUAAUGAGUUUAUGACAGACAAUCUUCUAUUAUUGUGAAUGACGGCCAAGAUUUAUUUGAUUGCAACACGUUUACCUUUACUGUUUAUCGUAACGCAUGUUUAAAUGAACAAUUGUUUUUUAAAUGUAUAAAAAUUUCCUCUUCUCAGAUUUUAUGACCUCGAGAUCUUAGUAAACUAUGUUAAUUCUAAUUUAUAGACCUCUAUAUUUUACAUUGCCAACUUUCUUUUUAUGUAGCAUCAAAAGUAAUUUUAUUUAGUUUCAUCAGGGGUUCCCAAAAUGACCGCUAUAGUUUGGGAACCCUGAUCUACUACUUAUAUGACGUGAAUUUGUAUGUGUGAGAGUGUGUUGUUUACAUUUUUGGUAAGCUUUAUUGUUACUAAACAGAGUGGCCUGAAAUACAUAGCAAUAGUAUUUUUAAAAAUGUAAUAAUGACAAUAAAUAUGUAU